AUGAAGCUCUCCACGACCCUUUUUUUAAUUGCAGCGUCGCUGGUCUCAGCAACACCAACCCCUACCCUUGAGGAAGGAGCUGCAAAGGUGUUGGCUAAGAGAGCAAGUAUCACUGAUGCUGCUAACAUUGGCUAUGCUACGCAGAAUGGAGGCACCAAGGGUGGAGCUGGCGGAGCAACUACUACCGUCAGCACGCUGCCUCAGCUCUCAGCUGCAGCCAGUGCUUCGGGGGCGGCAGUGAUUGUCGUGCAAGGUGCCAUCAGCGGUGCUGCGAAGGUGCAAGUCACGAGCGACAAGACUAUCGUUGGGAAGGCCGGUAGUUCCCUUACCGGCAUUGGCCUCACAAUCAAUGGACAAACAAAUGUAAUCGUUAGGAACAUGAAGAUAGCCAAAGUGCUUGCAGACUAUGGUGACGCCGUCACCAUCCAGAAAUCGACAAAUGUCUGGGUUGACCACUGCGACCUUUCCGGCGACGAGACAGUCGGUAAAGACACAUACGAUGGUCUAGUCGAUCUAUCACACGCCGCAGAUUACGUGACAAUUUCACACACCUACUUCCACAACCACUCCAAGGGCACGCUAGUAGGCCACUCAGACUCCAACGCCGCUGAAGACACCGGACACCUCCGCGUCACCUACGCCAACAACCACUUCUACAAAGUUUAUUCCCGGGGUCCCCUCCUGCGCUUCGGUACAGCACACAUCCUCAACAACUACUACAACGAGCAGAGCACGGGCGUCAACACGCGCAUGGGGGCGCAAGCGCUGGUGCAGAGCACUGUCUUCGAGAAUUCUGGCAAGAAGAUGGUGUUCACGGAGAGCAGCGAUGAAGACGGGUAUGCUGUGGUCAUUGACACGAUCUUUGGUGGUGAGAGUGCAAACACCGCGCCGGUGGGGACACUGAGCGCAAGCUCCUUCCCGUACACAUACUCUGCCUUGGGCAGCGCGAAUGUCAAGGCUUCUGUUACAAGCGAGGCUGGGCAGAUUCUGGCGUUUUAG